GAGUGGUUUAUCAUAGUUGGGGAACAUAAAUGCCUAGUUCAUGAAGGAUCCUGGAAUUGAAGCGAAAUGGCGCUGAGGCAGAUAGCAGGGGAGAAGGUUCCGUCUCUGUUGAAAGUCCUAAGAAAAGAUAUAUCAAAACCCCAUUCAAUCAGUAAACCUUUACCUUCACUUCGACGAACUUUCUCUCUCUAUGAUCAGAUCAAUCUAAUUGAUAAUGUCCCCGAGGACCAACUCCGCUUUCAACAGUUUGACGAUACUGGGUUUAAGGUAAAUGGAGUUAAGUAUGAAGGUAGCUUGCUUUGUGUUGGAAAUUUGCUAAUGUCAUGGAGUCCUAAGAAGUUUUCGGAUAUCACCCCGGAAAGCUUGUCCAUCUUCCAGAUUCUUCGGCCUGUACCAGAGAUUUUAAUUCUUGGAUGUGGAAAGCACAUAGAACCAGUAAAUUCUGAACUCCGGAGCUAUGUUCGCUCUGCGGGCAUGAAACUAGAAGCAGUUGACUCGAGAAAUGCUGCCUCUACGUACAACAUUUUGAACGAGGAAGGUAGAUUUGUUGCAGCAGCUCUCCUCCCAUAUGGAGCGUCUUCAUGAUAUUUCAUCAUCUGAUUAAUCAGAAGUUUAGCAAUCUCUGGGUUUUGCUUUUGGUACUUACUUUGACUUGUCACUGAAUUUUGGUGCUAUGUAGUCGUGUUGAUGCAAAAUCAUUGUCAACAACAAAUGCAUAAGUUCUUCUGAAAACGCAGCUUUCUAUCACAUUUUUUAUUGUUAUCUUUUAA